UCUUAGGUAAUGUUUAACAUUCAUAAAGUAAUUUGUACGAUGUGUAUAGUUACUAGCAAUCUUGACAGCUUGUAAAUUGGCAGACUGUCAAAUGACUCUAAUAACAAGUCCGUUGGCCAUUUGACAUUUGUUGUGAAUAAUUGUAAUAAUACAAAGAGAGAUCAAUGGAUUGGAAUCUACCUGAAGCCAGAGAGCAAAGCAGCAUCGAUGGCACUGUCUUCAAAAUACCCCAACACUUGAAAGCUGAUGAUAAGGAGAAAGAGAAGAAGAAAGACACAAGCUCACCUGACUACAGUUUAAAGGGCGCUCUAGAUGGACAUAAGCGUGGCGUUACUGCGCUGCACUUUGCGCCCAGUGGCAACUACCUGCUCAGCGGCUCGGCGGAUCGUACGCUUAACAUCUGGGAUGUGCGCACAUCACAGCUGGAGAAGACGCUCAAUGGCCACACACUGGGCAUUAACGAUGUAAGCUGGUCGCCCGAUAACAAGUAUCUAAUUAGCUGCAGCGAUGAUAAGACCAUUAAGCUCUGGAAUCCACAUUCGGGCGAGUGUCUUAAGACCAUGAUGGGUCACACUGCUUAUGUAUUCGCAUGCCGCAUAAAUCCUCAAGCCAAUCUAAUAGCUUCCACUAGCUUUGACCACACGGUGCGUUUGUGGGAUGUGCGCACAGGCAAGACGCUAAAGGUGGUGCCUGCUCAUAUGGAUCCCAUCUCCUCGGUGGACUUUAAUCGCGAUGGCAGUCUCUUUGUUACUGGCAGCUUUGAUGGUCUUGUGCGUCUUGGUGAAACGGUCAGCGGUCAGGUGUUGAAGACGCUGAUCGAUGAGGACAACUCACCUGUGGGGUAUGUCAAGUUUGCGCCCAAUGGACGCUACAUUCUUGCCGCCUAUCUUAAUAGUCAGAUCAAGCUGUGGAACUUUCAAAAGCCCAAAUGUCUGCGCGUUUACAAGGGUCAUACAAAUCGCAAGUUCUGCAUCGCUGUAAACUUCUCAGUGACCGCAGGCAUGUGGGUUGCCUCUGGGAGCGAGGAUAGCUGCCUGUAUCUGUGGAGUCUGCAGAGCAAGGAGCUGGUGCAGCAGCUGCCAGCGCAUCAGCAGGAGCUCAUCUGCAGCGAUUGUCAUCCGACUGAAAAUAUUAUUGCCACUGGCGCGCUGCAAGAUACUGAGAAUCUGAAGCUAUGGCAAAGCGGCGAGACAAACAAUUGAAUUGUCAAUGUUUUAAUUAAU